GUUAAUGGUACAGGAUUGGGUACCAUUGUACAUCUUUGGCUGUCUGUUAGUAAAGCUGAGGGAUGCCUGUGGAAAAACAGCAAGAGAAGGUGUAUUUACACAAGACAGCGAUGGAAACUUGGUCAGUUGACCAGGUCUGCAGUUGGUUGAUGGAGAAAAACUUAGGAGAGCUAGUGCACAGGUUUCAAGAGGAAGAAGUAAGUGGGGCUGCUCUUCUAGCACUUAAUGAUCGGAUGGUUCAACAGCUGGUAAAGAAAAUUGGGCAUCAGGCUGUUCUGAUGGAUUUAAUUAAAAAAUAUAAGCAGAAUAGUCAAGGGUCGAAGUCACCUGGAAGCCCCAGAGAGGCAGCCCCGGUCCUGCACACAGAAGCACCCUCUGAAUACAGAGAUGAACAGUCCUCCAGUCUAGCCAGACACAGGGAGCAGUUGCCAUUUCUCUAUCCAACUGAAAACCUGGAUAAUGGAUUCAUUGACCAAAGAGUACUGAAGCAGAGAAGAAAGGUGAAGCAUGUCCUAGCAAGGAAUAAAGUAUUACAGUGGACAAAGUCCUAUACUUUACCAGAGUUCCCCUAUGACGUCAAAUGCCUGUUAGCAGAGCAGAAGUGUCCCGAUCACAGCAUGAGGAUAAGGAUCAUUGAGCUUCUCCAGGCUGACAUGACUAAGUAUCUGGAAGGUUCACUGUAUCCCACGACCCAGCAGUACAAUGAUGUGGUCAAUGCCCUACUGCAAGCAUACCCUUUCCUGGAUGAGGACGGCUGUGGCUUUUUUUCAUGGAAACGAGCUCUCAAAGAUCGCUUUAAAUAUGUUCGAAGGCCCAUUGAGGAUGAUGAGCAAGUGAUGAGAAAUAAGUGUAAAUUUGGACACCGAAGAGGCCAGACAAGGAAAACUCUUGCUGAUAUAAGAUUCGAUGAGAUUAAAAUUGUCCAGAUAAAAGAAGAAGUUGUUGGUUUAGAUUCUGAAGUAGAUGAACAUAUUAACUGGUUCCAGCAAGAAUAUGUAAAAACAGAAAAGGACUGGAAAGAGAUUGACAAGAGGAUGAGCCAGACAUUGGAAAUAAGAAGAAAAAUGAUUGGCAGCAGAACUCCUCUGAAAGAUAUUCUUAAAAUGUUUCCGUUUCUGAAGUGCCCUUAUCAGAUGUUCAGAGAAUUCCAACUUCUUACAAGAACAGAUAUUUAUAAGAAAACAAGGCACAUUUUGGAAUCCUAUUCAGAAAACAUACUGACUUCUUUUUCGGUGGCAGAUAAUCCAAUCAAUAUUGCGUUGCAAGCAAAGAUGAAAGAGUACACAGAUGAAGACAUGUUGAAAUAUAUGAAAAUGACAGCCACGUGUUUACUCCUCCCAGAUGUUUUCGGAGAUGAUCCCAGCCUCUUUGUCGUUGUGAACGAGAAGGUGCAAGUGUCCACGCCCGUGUUAGAAGUGAAAAACCCUUUCAACAUCGAUGUCUGCGAAUAUUCUUUAUUUUUGGAAAAAGAGAGGCUUACGAAGGUGGACGACUGUGUGACAGCCGUGGCUGCUCUAGUCGCCACCUUCCAUGUGUUUGCAAUCGAGUGUCCAAGAAGACUGUCCCAAACCCUCCACUUCCUAGAGACCUUGAUUUUUGAUAUGCACAGUCCCUAUUUUCCUUGUUUGAAAGAAAAGGAAAAGGAAGUAGGAUCUCAACAGCCAGUCACUUAGUAGCAUGCCAAAUCCUCUGUCAGAAUUGACCCCUGGGCCAGCUGAAACUGAACAAAACUGUUCUGACUUAGGUUGUGCUAGAGGUAGGUAUCAGAAAUCAUCUAGUAUCAAAGAUGAUAAUAAACUUCAAUGCCUUCUAUCUUU